UGGAAACCAGGAUACUGAUAUUAAACUACAAAUACAAUUAGAAAAAACAGAAAAAGAAGUAAUCGAGUGGCAAAAAAAAUAUAAUGAUUCCUUAUUUGAAAAUCGUAACAUUCAAAAUAAGCUAGAAAGUUUAGAAGAUGAAUUUCAACACUUGCAAAAUAAAAUGUAUUUAAUGCAAAAUAAGCUUUUCCUCAAUGACUGUGAGAAAGAUAAAUUAAAAAGUGACAUUAAGGAUUUUACACUUCCAGAAGAAUUAAAACAAAGACAAUCUAGUUUAAUUAUAAAUUUGGAGGUAGACAAUGCAAAAUUAACAAGCAAAGUAAUCGAAUACCGUGAAAAAUACAACAAAAAUAAAGCACAUAUUGAAGAAGUUAAAUCAAUGAUAACUAGUCAAAAUAUAAAAAAACUAGUAGAAGAAAAUAUUGAUCUCUGUAAAACAAAGAUGAAUAUAUACUUACAAUUAUACGAGAAGGGUAGUAAUUGAUGGUGGUCGUGGUGGACAUGGAAGAGUCAAUUACAGUUGAACUAAGGAGAAAAGUUCCACAUUAUGUUUGUGUUUAAUAUUUUUUAGUUUUAAAUUAAUAUUUUAAAUAAUAUUAGCCACAAUUGACUAAUUCUUAUUAUAGUAAAUUGAUUUUUAAUAGUUGGAAAAGUUUAUUAUUUAAUAAUGGAUAUUUCUAAUAAGAAUAAACCAAAUUAUUCUUUUAUUUAACUUCCAAUUGUAUUUAGACCUUUUUUAACGAUAGCUUUAGUGAAGCACACAACCAUUU